ACCCCUUUCUGCGUAUCUCCCCUCCGCUCGAGGGUCAUUUGCUAGCACACAUCGUUCAGCAUGGUCGUCGUUUCACCCCCUCUCAACUCUACUGAUGAUUCCACUUCUUCCUCUUUCCACGCGACCGACGGUCCUGAUACCAGUGCCGGGAUCACAGGUGGGAUCGUAGUCGCUAUCCUGGCACUUUCCAUGGGAUAUUCCGUCGCGUUAUACUUUUUAUAUCGCUAUUCAGAGCAUCAUCCUAAGGAUCUGAAUAAAGUCCCCGGUGUGAAAUUUCAGAAGUUUAUUCCUCUCGUCUAUGUUUUCCUUAUCUCAAGCUGCUUGGUCGAGGCCUCGAUCUCGAUGUGGCUACUCGCACAAUACGCACAUACCCGUUCAUUUCCCAACGUUGGAACGCGAGACGGUAUUCGACUGUCCCUGUUCACGGCGAUCUGGACUCUUCUCUGCUCGACUGCAUAUCUGGUUCUCUUCGCUCACCCAGCACUUUCAAAUCACCCAGUAGCAUCCAUAGGCUCUCAAGCUCUUUGGACACUAGCGACCUGGUGUUUCUGGGUGGCCUGUGUUGCAGUGCUCAACCAGUCGCUCCCGCUUGCGGAUGCCGAUGAUCCCUGUGCUGGAGCAGUGUACUGUGGACAGGUACGAGCUGAUUUCGGGGUGGCGAUAAUCGAGAUGCUUGUCCUCACUGCAAGCAUGUUCGCGCUUACUUGGUUGCUUUGGCGGAACUACCGGAGGCCCAGUACGAGAAGGUUUUGAUGAUAGCGAUUGGACCCUGCUAUUGAUAUUUUGGGCAUUGGGUAUCGUAUGACGGACUCUUGCAUGAAGCGUUUUCGCUCCUUGCUUCGGAUAAUAAUAUAUUAUACAGAGGUUGUCUGCGAGCCUCCGUAGUUGCAUCCACU